AUGUCGUCGCACAUGACGUGCCUAAGGAUCUCAUUGCUGGUGCAUCAGUUUCUGAGUAUCAAUGCCCAUCUCGCCCAGUUGCAACAGAUGGGUGAGAAAUUCUCCAUCCUUGGCCGCCUGGGCGACAACAAUAAGCUCGAUCAGUUUAUGGUCAUCAUUAGUGGCCAUUUGGGGUGGGUGCGAUCCGUUGCUGUUGACCCAAGUAAUAAUUGGUUUUGCACAGGAUCUGCUGAUCGAACAAUCAAGAUAUGGGACUUAGCAAGUGGCCGCGUGAAACUGACGCUUACUGGUCACAUUGACCAAGUACGAGGUCUUGCUAUUAGCAGCAAGCACACAUACAUGUUUUCUGCUGGUGAUGACAAAUUAGUUAAAUGUUGGGACCUAGAGCAGAACAAGGUUAUUCGUUCUUCCCAUGGUCAUCUAAAUGGUGUUUAUUGCUUGGCUCUUCAUCCCACUAUUGACAUUUUGUUUACUGGUGGGCGAGAUUCCGUAUGUCGGGUGUGGGAUACUCGCAGCAAAAUGCAAAUUCAUGCACUUUCUGGACAUGAAAAUACGGUCUGUUCAGUCUUCACAAGGCCUACGGUCAGGUUGCUGCCUCUACCAAUAGAUGCUACCAUACCUAACUAUCCCGGGUUACAACCUCAGCAGCUUCAAAUGUUACUUACUAUGCAUGUCAGCCUAAGAGGCAUCUCCUUACAACUGGAUGGAGUGUGUUCGUGA